GCCUGGUGUACGACUCUCUGAUGCAGAAGCAUCAGUGUAUGUGUGGGAACACCAACAGUCACCCCGAACACGCCGGCCGCAUUCAGAGCAUCUGGUCCCGGCUGCAGGAGACUGGACUCCGAGCACAGUGUGAGUGUAUCCGUGGGAGGAAGGCCACUCUGGAAGAGCUGCAGACGGUUCACUCUGAAGCCCACGUCCUGCUGUACGGAACCAACCCUCUCCGACAGAAACUUGAUUGUUCAAUCACCCCCAUGUUUGUACGGCUACCGUGUGGAGGGGUGGGG